AGUUGGUUAGUCUAAUAAUCUGUACAUCAUAAUCUCCGUAAUGUACAUAAACUUUGAAGUGAGUUAUUUUGAAAAGAAAACCACUUACUGCUUAAAUUGAAACCAAACGGAUUUUUCACCUACAAGUCGGCAAAAACAGCGUGGCAUCGAUGAGCGGGAACUUGGAGUCGACGUCAGUCGCAAUGCCAGAGCACCACAUCCAGGAGGAGCUGUGCCACACGAGGCCAACGUACAGGAAGGGCCGCAAGGAGACGGCAGUCAAGGUGUACACGAUAAACGACGAGUCGGUGCACCUGAUCGUCUGCGGUACACCGUCACUGGACCUCUUUCGUCAGUUGAAGGGUAAAUUCCUGCCUUACGGCGAGAUCAAGCAGUUCGUAAAGUUGCCGGAUUACCCGAGCGAGCAGUUCACCGAGACGUUUCACGUGCAUUACCAGCGCAUACAGAGCGCCAGGGUGGCCAAGCGGUUCCUCGACGGGCACAACUUCUACGGCGGCUUGCUCCACGUUUUUUACGCCCCCGAGUACGAAACGCUGGCCGAGACGCGACAAAAGCUCGCCCAACGGCUGAAGGACGUCACGGUCAGGAUCAAGCGACACAAGGAGGAUCCGACCAACCCUGAAAUCGAGACCUUCGAACCCGAGCCCAACACGCAGCGCAAGAAAAAGAGGCCGGCCCUGCCCCAAGUCAAGCGAUAACCCGUGGGCAUUCCUCUCCUCGUGUAAAAAUAUCAUAGUGAUACUCACGAGAAUCCUUGUAUAACAUCAACUUACAUUUUUAUAUAAAAUAUACAUAUAUUUUAUACUCACAAUCUUGUAUUCACUCAAAUUGUGCGAGUAAACAUUUUUUGUGAGCGGUUUCACAAAAAAAAGUAUCUGUUAGUUACGUGGGUCUAAAAAAAAUUAAA